GGACUUUUUGGGUACCUUUAAUUUUUGGGAGUCUAGUUAAUAACACUUUGAAGGGGCCUAAUUUUAAGUACUAACUUGUUCUCUGAAAAUCAGAUUCCUUUAAAAUGUCUCAACGUGGGUAUCCAAAAAAGUAGUUACCCCAAAUCACCAGGCACACUUAAAAAUAUAGGCUAUAAAAUUAUCCACGUGCAAAAUACAAUAUUUUGUAACUAGCUGCUUUGUCUUUUGUCAUUCUGCCUCAAUAGUGGGUGUGUGAACCUAAUGCCAAGAGAAUGAUCAGGAUUCAUGAAGAAUGAAAAUUCAAACUGUUAUAGACAAGAAUGGCCAUAUUGUGUCAUGGUGCAGUAUGGUCCACUAAUUUCCACAUGACUUGCUGCUAAUCAAUAAGGAGGUGCAGACUCUGCAGAUUCCAGGUCUCAAUGUGGAGUGUUCCAUCCAGCGCUGGAGUAUGGCACAACAUGCAUGAACAGCUGUAAUUGGAGGAAUGUGAAGACUCAAGCAGAAUGGAUCCGUCAGUGGUGGCAAGAUCCAUGGUAGCCUUCGUGGAGGGGAUGACACGUAAUUCUUGUGUUCAGACCAUUCAACAACACGUUGGGAAACUGAAUGGAAUUCACAAUAUCAAAGUAUCUCUAGAAGAAAAGAAUGUAACCAUUAUCUAUGACCCCAGACUCCAGACUCCAGACUCCCUUCAGAAAGUUAUAGUUGACAUGGGAUUUGGUGCUACCCUGGCUGAUUCAGACCCACAACCUGUUUUACUUGACACUACUUUUCUAACCAUUCCUGCUCAGUCACAUGUAACAUGUGAACAGAUCUGUAAUGUCCUACUAAAGAACAAAGGUAUCUUGGAUGUUAAAAUUUCCUCUGACCAAAAAACUGCAGUUGUGACAUUCAUUUCUUCUAUUAUAAAUGGCAACCAGAUUAUUCAAAUGGUGCCAGGCACAGAUUUAAAUACUGCAGCACCAGAGAAGACAUCAGGGACUGGUGAAGAUUCCAGUUGGUCCCAAGCAUGUGAUGUUGUGCUAAGGAUGAAGGUAGAGGGGAUGACCUGUCAUUCUUGCACCAGCACCAUAGAAGGAAAGAUUGGCAAAUUGCAAGGGGUACAGCGGAUUAAAGUCUCCCUGGACAAUCAGGAAGCUGUUGUUGUGUAUCAGCCUCAUCUAAUUACGGCAGAGGAAAUCAAAAACCAAAUUGAAGCUGCAGGUUUCACAGCAAUCAUCAAAAAACAGCCCAAACCCAUCAAGCUGGGUGUUAUUGAUGUGGAACGUUUAAAGAACACUCAAACCAAAUCUUCAGAGGGAACCCUUCAAAAAAGUCCAAAGCAUAUCAAUGACUUAAAGACCAUUGUUUUCAGAGUCGAUGGCAUGCACUGCAAUUCCUGUGUCUUAAAUAUCCAGAGCAGCAUAUCAGCACUCCCAGCUGUAGCAAGCAUAGUAGUUUCUUUAGAGAAGAAAACAGCUACUGUAAAGUACGACCCAGACUUCAUCAGUAUAGAUGCACUGAGAAGAGCCAUAGAGGCAGUAUCACCAGGGACGUUUAAAGUCAGUCUUCCUGAUGAAUAUGAAAACGUCGAGCUUUUCAGCGCACAGAUAUCUCCAGUGAAACCUUCUCAGACAGCUUUAAACAGCACCAACCAGUCCGUUACUCAAGUUACUGUGGUAAAUAUUGAGGGAAUGACUUGUAAUUCUUGUGUGCAAUCUAUUGAGGGAGUCAUUUCCCAAAAGCCAGGUGUAAAAUCAAUAUGUGUCUCUCUUGUGAAUCAUAAUGGGACUAUAAAAUAUGAUCCUCUCCUAACUUGUCCAGAAGACUUAAAAUCUGCAAUAGAGGACAUGGGAUUUGAUGCUUCCUUAUCAGCAAAGACAGAACCGUUGGUAUUAAUAACUCAGCCUUCACUGGAAGUGUCGUUAGAUUCUCAGGAUAAUAUGCUUUACAUAACAGCACCGCACUCCAAAGUGUCACUAGUCCAUGAUGAUAAACAGGAGGCAAAGACUCCAUCGAAGUGUUACAUCCAGGUCACUGGCAUGACCUGUGCUUCCUGCGUGGCAAAUAUUGAGAGAAAUUUGAGAAGAGAAGAUGGAAUAUGUUCUGUGCUUGUUGCUCUAAUGGCAGGGAAGGCAGAAGUGAGAUAUGACCCUGCUAUCAUACAGCCAUCAGUCAUAGCAGAUCUAAUCCGAGAAUUGGGAUUUGGAGCUACUGUUAUGGAAAACUAUGAUGGAGAUGGAAUUCUAGAACUUGUUGUGAGAGGAAUGACCUGUGCCUCAUGUGUACAUAAAAUAGAAUCCACCCUUAUGAAGACUAAAGGUGUAUUAUACAGCUCAGUGGCUCUUGCAACCAAUAAAGCACACAUUAAAUAUGAUCCUGAGAUUGUUGGUCCUCGAGAUAUUAUACAAACAGUAGAGGAUUUAGGUUUUGAGACUUCUUUAGUCAAGAAGGACAGAUCUGCUAGCCAUCUAGACCACAAACAGGAAAUAAGGCAAUGGAAAAGAUCUUUUCUUGUGAGUCUCUUUUUCUGCAUUCCUGUAAUGGCGCUGAUGAUUUACAUGAUGGUUAUGGAUAGUCACCUCGCAGAUGUUCACCAGCAUCGCAACAUGAGCAAGGAGGAAAUGGAGGCCUAUCACUCUUCUAUGUUCUUGGAGCGUCAGAUCCUGCCAGGAUUGUCUGUAAUGAAUUUGCUGUCUUUUUUAUUGUGUGUCCCUGUUCAGUUAUUUGGGGGCUGGUACUUCUACAUUCAAGCAUACAAAGCACUGAAGCAUAAAACUGCUAACAUGGAUGUGCUGAUUGUUUUGGCAACCACCAUUGCAUUUGUCUACUCCUUCGUUAUUCUUCUAGUUGCAAUGGCUGAAAAAGCAAAAGUGAAUCCUGUGACGUUUUUUGACACACCUCCUAUGCUAUUUGUGUUCAUUGCAUUGGGCCGGUGGUUAGAGCAUAUGGCAAAGGGUAAAACAUCAGAAGCCCUUUCAAGACUAAUUUCACUACAAGCUACAGAAGCAACUCUCGUUAACCUAGGACCAGACAACCUUCUUUUGAGUGAAGAUCAGGUUGAUGUUGAACUGGUUCAACGGGGUGAUAUUGUCAAAGUAGUUCCAGGAGGCAAAUUCCCAGUUGAUGGCUGUGUUAUUGAAGGACAGUCCAUGGUGGACGAAUCCCUCAUCACAGGUGAAGCCAUGCCUGUGGCUAAAAAACCUGGCAGUACAGUUAUUGCAGGUUCUAUUAAUCAGAAUGGAUCACUGCUGAUCUCUGCAACUCACGUCGGAGCUGAUACAACUCUCUCUCAGAUUGUCAAACUUGUGGAGGAGGCACAAACCUCAAAGGCUCCAAUCCAGCAAUUUGCAGACAAACUUAGUGGCUAUUUUGUUCCUUUUAUUGUGGCCGUCUCUGUGGUUACCCUUUUUGCUUGGAUUGUAAUUGGAUUUGUCAAUUUUGAAAUUGUGGAAACAUAUUUUCAUGGUUACAAUAAGAGCAUUUCCAAAACCGAAGUAAUAAUCCGCUUUGCUUUCCAAGCCGCCAUCACAGUUUUGUGCAUUGCCUGUCCUUGUUCAUUGGGAUUAGCAACCCCAACAGCUGUGAUGGUGGGGACUGGGGUAGGAGCUCAGAAUGGCAUAUUGAUCAAAGGUGGAGAACCGCUAGAGAUGGCUCAUAAGGUAAAGGUGGUUGUAUUUGAUAAAACAGGAACCGUUACUCAUGGAACUCCAGUAGUGACACAGGUGAAGAUUCUAGUGGAGGAUAACCAGAUGCCACGUAAUAAGAUUUUGGCAAUAGUGGGGACUGCGGAGAGUAACAGUGAACACCCUCUGGGGACAGCAAUAACAAAAUACUGCAAGAAGGAACUUGACUCAGAAACCCUUGGAACCUGUACAGAUUUUCAGGUAGUAGCAGGCUGUGGCAUUAGCUGUAAAGUCACCAAUAUUGAAGCAUUGCUAUACAGGAGGAAUGAGAAAGUUGAAGAAAAUAAUAUUAAGAAUAUAACACUCAUAAAAGUUGAUGAGAACUUUGAGGACUCAAUGCAACCUGCCUUGAUUAUUGAUGCCCAGUUGCCAACUACCUUGAAUCAUCAAAAGUAUUCUGUUCUUAUUGGAAACCGAGAAUGGAUGAAUAGAAAUGGCCUUCUUCUUAAAAGCAAUAUUGAUAAUGCCAUGAUUGAACACGAACGUAGAGGUUGCACUGCAGUCCUUGUAGCUAUUGAUGGAGUGCUGUGUGGCUUGAUAGCUAUUGCUGAUACAGUGAAACGUGAAGCUGAAUUGGCAGUCCACAUUUUGAAGACUAUGGGUUUAGAAGUUGUUCUAAUGACUGGAGACAACAGUAAAACAGCGAGAUAUAUUGCCUCUGAGGUUGGCAUCACCAAAGUGUUUGCUGAGGUUCUUCCCUCACACAAGGUAGCCAAAGUGAAACAGUUACAAGAAGAGGGCAAGCGGGUAGCAAUGGUGGGAGAUGGUAUCAAUGAUUCCCCCGCUCUUGCCAUGGCUAAUGUUGGAAUUGCAAUUGGUACAGGCACUGAUGUAGCCAUUGAGGCAGCAGAUGUGGUUUUAAUUAGGAACGAUUUGUUAGAUGUGGUGGCAAGUAUAGAUUUAUCAAGGAAAACCGUCAGAACAAUCCGGUUCAACUUUGUCUUUGCUCUGAUUUAUAAUCUUGUGGGAAUUCCUGUUGCUGCUGGUGUCUUUCUGCCAGUUGGUAUCGUUUUGCAGCCGUGGAUGGGCUCUGCUGCAAUGGCUGCCUCUUCUGUUUCCGUUGUGUGUUCUUCUCUGUUGCUAAAGUUCUACAAGAAACCAAGUUAUGAGAAAUAUAAGCUCCGUGCCCGUGGCUAUAUGAGACAGAAGAGCCAUUCGGAAAUCUGUGUCCAUGUUGGAAUUGAUGAUACUGGGACAGCUUCUCCCAAACUUAGCCUAAUGGAUCAAAUCAUCAGUUAUAGUAGACCCUCACUAAAUUCCCUGUUCUCAGAUAAACGCUCCCUCAACAGCAUAGUUCUCAGUGAACCAGAUAAGCACUCACUUCUAGUGGGAGAUUUCAGAGAGGAAGAAGACACAGCAUUAUAAAAAGCUCUUAAAAAGUUACAGUUGGCUAGAAUUCUGUAUGCACUGAUAAGUUCUGGAGGUCUGACUUGUUUUAAGGAUUUUCCUCUCAUCUUCUUUAGGUUUUAAUUGCCUAAUUUUACAGAAAAGAAAAUAUUUUUUCAUGUUUUAAACACUGAAGCCGGUCCAUUUAUUUGCGGUGACCUUCCAGGAUAUUUUACCAGACAUGGCAAAGAAAGAAAGGGCAGUGGCAGCUGGAGCCUGCAAGUGAAGCUGGAUAAUGUCAUUGAGAAGCUGUAAAUGUCACACUAUUUUUCUAGAAAAUGCUGAAAUACAAUUAAGAAAACACGCAGGGGAACGAGAAAUGGAGUAGAGGGCUGACCAGCAGGCAACUGAGGACAGCUUCUUGAUGUGUAGCGUGGUUAAUAUGUUUGCUGUUUCAAAUAUGUUGAUGACCACAGCUGUAAACACUGAAAGUGCUCUUCAUUUGCAAAUCGAUGUGCCUUAUUGAAUAACUUUUGGGAUUACUCUCAUUUAUAACCUAUUCCACACAAGAAAUUUUCCUGCAAAAUCUUAGAUAAUUUUGGGGGGUUUUUUACCCAAAUCCCUUACCAUCUUUUCUCCCUUGAUCUGGAUCGUGAUCAUAUGUAGAGAGAGAGAUCUGAGGGAGCUUGGAUUUAUUUCCCCACCAUCUUCUCCCUGAUUAACUUAUUUCCUUUCUCUGUACAUCUGUGACCCAAUACACUCCUGCGACUGAGAUUGUCUGCUAGAAAGCACAUUAAAGAGACACACAAUGGGUUGAUGUCUUGCCUCUGCUAGCUCAGAAAACACACCACCUGAGAUUUCUCUCAUGCUCAUCUGAGGAAGUAAUAGGGUGGUGUUACUACCUGAAUUAUUGUGUUUUUUAAAAAGUCUGUUAGCAUUCAGUGUAGUUAUUACUGGUUAUCAACACCUGCCAGUUCCCUUUAAAUGAACUGCAGUGAUUCAUACUGAUGUUACAAGGCCCACCAUUGUAAUCUUUACAAUUAAGCAUUCACACUUAGGUAAUGUUACCACACAGCAUUUGCUCUAUUUACUACCUACUGAGCAAAUGUCAAUUGCUUGUAAAGAUGUUAAUAGUGUACCAGAGAUGACCCUGAACCAAAACCCUGGUUCCCAACCACCUCAAUUUGGGAAUAUCCAGAUCCAGACUUUGUGAAUUGGGUCCACCUUCACGUGUUACAAUACUGAAUUCUCAAAAUUAGAUUUUUGAGUGCUAAUCAUAAAAUAACUGAAAUUUCUCACUGAAAAAGCAACUAGGUGUUUAUCACCUAUUUACCUCCCUGGAAUAUUGGCUAAUCUGCAAAUCUUAUUCUUGAAAUCCUUUGCUGAGAGAGCUAUUUAACAGUUUACUAGGUAAAUAAUUAUGAGGAACUAUACCAUGAAGUCUAAUCCAUGAUGUGAGCAUUUAAUUCUCAUUUGUUUUUUUCAGAGAGGUCAGCGCAUCUAUCAGAGAAUAGACACGGAACAGUAAAUGUUAGUGUUCUAGUUUUUAAGUUGAGAAUCACAGAUAAUGCACACAUAAUGUAUGUAAAAUAUCAAAAGCAAAUGUUUGAUAUAUUCUAUAAUUUUCACUUCAUAAGGGAAAAUAUCAAAAUCUGAAAACAGGAAGUUUUGUGCAGCAGAAUAUGUUGUCCUUAAAGUGUGAUCAGAGAGUAUUUUACAUACAUCGUAAUGCUGAGUGCAGUAUAUAACUUUUUGUUGUUUCCACCAAAUUUUCAUUCAGGAAUUUGUUUUCAUGAGAUCACAAACUGAUAAGAUUUUAAGAAAUAUUUCAAUCUAGAUUAUAGCUAUAUUUGUCCUUUCUAGUGUCAAGAAACUUUAAUUUAUGCUAUAGUAAAGACAUUCUAUUAGCUCAAGACUGAGAACACCACCUAUUUCUGAUUAGUGGAUGAAUUGUUAUGUAGAAACCAAUAUAUUACUGCCAUGCAGCAUUUAUUGCUUUAAGAUCACAUAAAUUGCUUCCAUGAUUCCAGUGUUGUUUUUUACCUACCCUCAUUUUCAGAGGCUUUUUCUGGCAAGACUCAGCAGGUCCAGUGGGGCGUAUUCUGCGUGAUUUGUUUUCUCACCAAAGAACUUUCACAUGGCAGCAGCCUGUUUCUUUAUACAAGAGAACUUGGUUUUGAAUUAUGCUAGUAAUUGGUCAUCUUCUGUUUGAUCCUGCAACAAAUAUGCUUGGGCCCUGACCAACUCAAAAAUGGGAAUUUUGUCACUGAUGUGGGAGCAGGAACAGGUUGAUAAUCCUAUGUUUAUGACAUCCGUUGCAUGGAAAAAACUAUCAAAAUUAAGACUCUUACUUCAGGAAUCAAGAAUGGUCACUUGGGAUAAAUCUUGGUUUUAAACUCUUGGUUGGUAGUUAGCAAACAUAUGGCAGUGAGACCAAUUUAUUACUCAGUUUUUAAGAUGAAUAGAUAUGGUUAAAUCUGCAAGUUUUCCUUGUAUGAAAGUCCCCCUUUAAUGCUUUCUGUAUCACUGAAACCAGUAUUUGAUCCCAUUACUGCACAUGCACUGUGGUAUCCAAUACUAAGAAGCCUCUUAUUUUAAUCAGGUGACUGGAAAUUUGUUUUGCACUUGAAUGCAUUGACAUACUCAGUAUUGUACAUCUGGUCCAGAAAAUCUGAGUCAGUCUUUUUGAAAACAGGUUUUUUUCCUGGUAAACAUCUGUGUGGGAACUUGCUGAAAUUUUAGAACGUUUAUGUUGAUGCUUUGUAAAUAAAAUAUUUCAUGCUGUGCUUGAAGUUGAAAAACCAAAAUGUUUUCCAGUUUGAAUGUACAGUGCAGGUGAGAUAGCAUAAAAGGUAAAAUGUUUGCACACAUGUAAAUUGUGCAAUUUUUUUCUGUAAAUAUACUUUACUCCUGUCUACGGACAUCUUGAAAUCAUGUGAUUGUGUCAUCAAAACCAUUUUAAGAUAUUCAGUUACAAAUGAAACUAUGCAUCAAACUAGUUUAUUUAUUAUUAUUAUUUCCUGUACUGUCAUUAGAUAUAUGUAAGACCUCUGAUUUACUUUAAAAAAGCCAAAACAAGGCCCUGAAAAUAAUCAGUCUGACAUUUUACACUAGAUUUACCAGUAAACUUUUACAAAUGAUACAGGCAUGCCUCUUAUUGCAUGUAAUCAGUUUCAUACCAAAAGGAGCUAUAAGACCAACAAAGUCAGAACAGAAGCAGGGCAAUGUUUAAUUACGUGAGCCACUAAGAAUAUUUUGUUUUCUGGCCAACAAACCCAGAAGUUCCAGCCAAAUAUAUUUAACGUUAGAGAAAUCUUUUUUAUUAAGUUUGGUAUCAGAAAAGGAAUGGUGAACAAUUCUGUGAAAUACUAAUUUUAGUACUGCUAUGUCUCUUUACAUUUACACCUAUAUGUAUGUGAUAUUACAUGUAUAAUUCUGUCAAGACUGUGCCUUCAACUUUAUAAUUAUAAUGUUGUCAAAAUGUAA